AUGGCUAAAAGCAUUGGUCUCAAUUCCUCUUCAAUUCCAAUCCCAUAUUCUUCUUGUGGACCAUCAUCCAAUGCAAAUCGCAGGCGUCCCAAUUUCUUAAAGCUGCGUGCUUCCUACUUUGAUUACCCUCUGGCUAGCAAAAUUAUCGUUAAAAAUGUACCAUUGUCCACUAGUGAAAGUAGUUUGCAGAAGGAAUUUUCGAAAUUUGGGCAGAUAGCUGAAGUUAAACUUGUGAAGGAUGAAGCUACAAAGAAGUCGAAAGGAUUUGCUUUUAUUCAAUAUGCUUCACAAGAAGAUGCAAUGCUAGCUCUAGAAAGCAUGGAUCACAAGUACUUUGAUGGCAGGGUACUAUAUGUUGAACUCGCAAAGCCUAGAAAGAAAGAUUUUGGCGGGUACCCUAAAACCUCUGGUCCUCCUCAACAACAAAGUGAGUGCCUCUAUCAGAUGUAUAAGUUUCCCCUUAGAGUCUUGUUUGUGAAGAUCGUUGUACCUUCUUGA